UUAAGUUCUUUCACUCCCAAGAAAGGAACAAAUCUUGAUUUCAAUGGCACUUGAGAUCCGAGUAUAUUUAAAAUCGUUCAUCAUAGCAUCAUAGCAUGACCUCCUAUUCUUUGUAUACAAAAAAAGUUUUUCAGCUACGUUUUGAAAACAUUUCACAUCGAGUUUUUGACUGAAACUUUUCAUGCUGUUCUGAAAAUGUUUACAUCACAAUUUUUCUGCUCCUGAAAUUUUCUUGCAGAUGAAUAGAACGGAUAUGCGUCAUUAAUUUAUCAACUCGCUGGUUCAUAACUUAUAAUUAAUUGUAAAUUUCAACCAAAUAUUUAUUAUCUGUUCGUAUAGUUUAUUUUCUUGCAGAUGAAUAGGACGGACAUGCGUCAUUAAUUUAUCAACUCGCUGGUUCAUAACUUAUAAUUAAUUGUAAAUUUCAACCAAAUAUUUAUUAUCUGUUCGUAUAGUUUACAAUGUCAUUAUAUCCUCAAACAUCGAAACAAUUGUCGAUUCUCUUUUUUAUUUGUUUUUCUUUGGUAACCUUUACUUACUUGUACUGUGAAAGCAGUGGUACAAACACACUGGAGCAAUUCAAGUUUUACCGUUUUUCCUAUACUUACCAACAUAAAUUGCCUCAUGCAAAUGACAAGAAUCAGAUGCAGAUACUGCUUCUGACUUACAUGCGAUCAGGUUCCACAUUGCUUGGUGACGUUUUGAGCAAAAUAGAAAACUCUUACUAUUUUUAUGAGCCGUUCCGGUUAGUCCAGCAAUAUCUCAACGCAAGCCAAAUUUCUUCUUCAGAUGAACUCUUCAACAAAAUUAUGGACGAUUGGACUGCUAAGUUAUUCAAUUGUAAUUUGAACCAAACAAUUUUCAACGUAACUUUCACCCAGAACUUAACAGCAAAGUUUUCGAUGUUUCAAACGGAGGAUAUGCUUAGUCAUUCAGGUAUUUCUAAUCCGUGGAUUGAUCAAUUCAAUCGAAACGACACGAUAGUUCUAAACGAAGAACAGAAAUGCAAAAAAUCGGAGUUUUUAGUUUUAAAAACGAUUCGAGUUUCAAAUUUGGAACGAACAUGGAAAGUAAUACGCAACUUCAAAAAUAUGAAGAUUAUUCAUUUAUUAAGAGAUCCGCGAGCACGUCGAAAUUCUCAGAAGAAAUUAGGCUUUCAUCAAAAUUCAACCAAAGUUUGCAAAAACUGUGCAAACAAUUUGGAAAUUGCCAGAAAACUUACCAAUGAAGACAAAAAAUUUGCAAUUAGUUAUUUCGAAUUUAUCUAUGAGAAAUUAGCAGUCGAUUCCAUUUCUUACACGGAAAAUUUGGUAUCUAACUUCUUGAAAAUUUCAAUUAGUGAAGAACUGAAGAACUUUAUAGUCAACAUCACGACGGCUUCAACCAGCACCCGAAACGAAAAACUGCCCUCUUUUUUUACAACCAGUCGGAACAUUUCGACAGUUUCGUCCAAAUGGAGAGUUCAACUGAGUGCUGAGCUCAGAAAUGAGACUGAAAAUAAUCCGCUCUGCCAGAAGAUAAUGGAUUUGGUCGGGUAUGAAUACUAGUUUCAUCCGGUUGCAUUAUUAAUUGAAACUGAAAUGCAUACUAAGUUAUUGAUGUAAAUUUUUUAUGUUAUUCGACCUUUAAAUUCAAAAUUACAUGAGUAUGACCUUAAUGAUUGAUUUUCAACAAAAUAGCCUGCAUUGAUGCUACGAUCUGAAU